ACCACUUUCAUUAAUUUCUCUCUACCUAAACACAAAUCCUUCUCCCAAUAUUCAUUUUUAACCAUAAACUUACCUCAUCAAGCUAUAUCUCAUUAAAUUAUUUACUUAUAUUUCAACCGGUAAAAACAAUCCUAUAUAUAUAUUUAUUACUCAAAUUUCUUCCUUUAACAAGAGUGGUCCUAUUAUGGCACACUUUUAUCUCCCUUGUAAUAAAACUAAUAUCUCCAAAUUGUUAGUUUUUACUUCUACACUUCUAAUAAUUAUACUAAGCAUCAAACCUCUUGAAGCCACAAGAUUAUUUCCUGAUGAACGUCUUUUGCUGCCGUCUCUACAGUGGAAACACCCUAAUCCUCCGGAGCGGAACCCCGGGACCAACAAAGCCCCCGCCGUCGUGGCCACUCUCGGCGAGAAGCACUUUGCCGCCGUGGAGAAUAAGAAUAAGAAUGUAAGGGGUCCUCUCCUUUUACCAUCUCUAUGGAAAUCGGCCAAAUCUCCGACGCCUAACCCUGGGACGAACACCGCUCUCGUCGGAGAAAAGAACUUUGGUGCUGUUGGCUUGCCCCGGAAAGUGAUGUCAUCGUCGUCGUUGGAUAAUCAUUUGCUGCUUCCUUCUCUGCAAUGGCGGAAGCCCACCCCUCCGUCGGGAAACCCUACCCACAAUGGUUGAGAUAUUUAAUUUAUCAGAUAAUCAUAAGCUAGCUAGCUUCAAACGCUAACGUGCUAAUUAUGAGAUUAUUACAUUCUAUAGUCACUUAUAAUCUCUCAUUCUUUCAUUCUUUCAAUUUUCCCCAUUUUUUUAUUGUUUUUUGUUCAAUAAAACUAACUUAGUGUACUAUGGCCAAUAUGGCAACAUGCAUAUACGCU